AUGUUUUUCGCCGGGGCCAGGCCGCGGACUUGGGAAGCCAGCCCGUCGGAACAGAGGAAGUGGGGGGAAGUAUUUAAAGCGUGUGAUGAAGAUAACAAAGGCUAUCUCAGCAGAGAGGAUUUUAAAGUUGCUGUUGUAAUGCUGUUUGGGUACAAGCCCUCCAAGAUAGAAGCGGAUUCUGUGAUGUCUUCAGUAAAUCCAAAUUCUUCUG